UUUUAUCUCUUUGCAAGUGGGAGGCAUAGUUGGGAGAGUUUUAUUCAAAAAUUAAAUGAAAAUCAAACAGAUAGCACAAUAAACCCCAUUCCAUGGCUAAGUCCAGGCUGACGUCAUCGCGCAGCACAUAACAACAAAUACACCCACCAAAGAUAGUAUUAGCAAAAACUGCUGGACAAGAUGUCGGGUACCAAUCCCUUCGAUAGCGAUGAGGAACCUAGCGCGUCCAAUGAUGAGAUACUGGAGGGUUUCCUGUGUCCGAUGUGCCGUGCAGACUUGAAGUCCAUUGACUACCUAACCGAACACUUCGCCCGCCAGCAUGCUGAGGAGGAAGAUGCCUUAAAAUCCGUCUUUAAAGAUAUCUUCUCCAAAGCCAAAAAGAAGAUACUUAAUAACUUUGAGGACGAGAGGGAACGUGUUGCACCUGCUUCUGCUGCAGCUUCCUCGCCUGCGGCAAGUGCGUCCAAUGCGUCGGCAGCGAGAACUAGCAAUGCGAAGAGUCGUCACAACAUCUACAGCCAGCUGACGAAGCAAAGCGUUGGAGCUGAGCGUGGGCAUCUCGAGUACUUUCAAUCGGUACGCAACCCACGGCUGGAACGCUAUGCCAGUGAGACGAAUAAGCUGAUCAUACGCCUGCAUCGUCUGCUCAAGGAUUUGCCCACGGAUGCAGUGCAGCGCAAGCAGCAUGAACAGCAAACGGUGCCUUGGCUCGACGGCAGCUCCGUCAAGUUGUGUCCCAGUUGCGCCAAGAGUUUUCACAUUGCGCGCAGACAGCAUCAUUGUCGCCUCUGUGGCGGCAUUAUGUGCAACGAUUGUUCACGCUUUCUUCAGCUAGAGAAUGCAAUGCAAUUGGCCAGCUUGUCCUCGACACGCAGCGACCCACUCCAGCAACUGCAGCAUCACGAAGAUCGCGCUAUACGCUUGUGCCAGCACUGUCUCUGGUUGCUGGACACGCGUCAGGACAUGCUCGAGAGCCGCACUUGCCGUCCGCUUUUAGCGAAGGUGUACGAUGAGAUUCGCCAGCUACAGAAACAAGUUGCACCAGACUUGGAGAUGUACGCGAAGAUUAUCAACAGUCUGUUGGAUGGUGAAUCUAUAUUUACCCUUGCGGAUGCGGGCGCUUUGCGUGGCAAGAUUGGUCAAGUUGCUGAAACAAUUGAUUUGCGCAGCAAACGCAUUCUAACAAUCCACUCGGAACCAGGCAGCCGCGAGGAGGCGUUGAAAAAGGCCAUACGCUUGAGCUGUGUGCAGAUGAUUAAAGAACGCAUGCUCUCGCUGCCGCCUCUGCCGGAUGAGGCCUUAAUUAAGCAGAUCCAAGAGCGUAAACGCAUGGAAACCGAACAACGUAUUCUUACAGAGCAGCGCAUGGCCAUGGAGGCUUAUGAGCGCUAUGGUGCUACCACCCAAGUGGGAGUCAGCAUGGAGAAUCGCAACUUUGCCCAAGGAUCGGAUCUGCAAUCGUUGAACAAUUGGUCAGCACCACAGGCUUCCACCACAAAAUCCAGUGUAGAUGAUCCGCUCAUCGAGCAAAUCAACAUAAUAAAGGGCUACAUUAAGCAGGCACGCCAGGACAUGAACUUCGAUGUGGUCGAGACGCUGGAGCUGAAUCUGCGUGAGCUGCAGCGCGAGGUUUAUGAGCGACAACGGCAGACCAGCAACAGCAGCAAAGCGACAUCACCACAAGCCAAUAGCUAGGCAAAUUUUAGUAUAAAUACUUAUACAUAGCAUAAAUAUACAUGUAGUAUAUAUAUGUAUAUAUGUAUUCAUUCCCGCUUUCUGACUAAAUAAAUGUGAAUGCAAACAAA